AUGAGUUACCAGAGCUUGGGGGAUAACAACCAAGGGGGCUACGGCCAGUACAACCCAUACGGCAGCCAGCAGCAGAAUCCCUAUGGCAGCCAGCAGCAGAGCUAUGGAUAUGGGGGUGGCUACGGCCAGGCCGAUGCCGUGGAGACUGGAAACGGUGGCUACGAAAUGUCCAACGUCAACCAGCCCUCCGGUGGCGGGCCGACUGCGAUUUUGAACAAGUGCAAGGAACUCAACGAAGGUAUCGCCGAGUUGACCACGAAGCGCGAGACCCAGCUGGCCCACGCCCAAAAGGCCCUGCUGGACUCGAGCACCGGAAAGGAGGACCAGGCUUCGCGUCAGACACUUGACUACAUUGAGGAUGAGAUCAACACUGCCCUGCGCUACCUGCGCGAUCAGUUCAAGCGCAUCAAGGAGACCCCCGGAUCAGGCGACAGCCGUGUCUCGGGCCAGGUCGAGAACGUCAGCCGCAACCUCCGCCGUGAGAUCGAGCAGUACCAGCGCACACAGACCGACUUCCAGAAGCGUCUGGAGGAGCAAGUGCGCCGCCGAUACGAGAUCGCCAACCCCGAGGCUACCCCCGAGGAGUUGGAGCAGGGUGUGCAGAACGUCCUGAUGGGUCAAGAGCAGAGCUUUGUGGUUCCCGGUACCCGUACUCGCCAGGCCAACGAUGCCCGCCAGGCCACUCUCCAGCGUUCCGCCGCCAUUCGCAAGAUCGAACAAGACCUCAUCGCACUCAGCGAGCUGUACAACGAAGUCGCCGAGCUGGUACACCAGCAGGAGCCGGCAGUUGCGCAAAUCAACCAGGGCGCCGAGGAGACGCACCGCAACGUCGAGCAAGCCAACACCAAGUUGAGCAGCGCCAUCCAGAGCGCAAAGAACGCUCGGCGUUGGAAGUGGUACGCGUUGAUCAUCGUUAUCAUCAUCAUUGCCAUCGUUGUCGGUGUCGCCGUCGGUGUCGUCGAGUCCAACAAGAAGAACUGA